AUGCUCCACGCCGUCUCACCAAUCCAGCUCACUGAGGGGCGCGGUACGCGGCGCAGCCGACCGCAUUCGCCUCCUCUAGACUCAUCGUACCGGUUCCCUCACCCAUUCCCCUACUUCUACCAAUCUAGUACGCCUCAUCCAGCCCAGUGCACCGGGUGUCCAUGGUACCACCCCGCUGUUGAAGAGCGGGACGGUCUGCCUGAGGCGAAGCGUCGGCGUCUUCCCGCCGACACGAGACUGCACCCUGCGGAGCCUGAGCCGUCGACGUCUGCAGCUGUCACCCGACUCUCCCUCGACCCACGGUGGUAUCCCGGCGUUUUCGGGGUCAUCGCUUCGCAUUUGUCGCGCGACACUCUUCUCCGCCUCCGCCUCGUCAGCCGUGACGCCCGCGACGCAGCCGACAAGAUCCUCUUCUCCCACGUCGUGGUCCGGCGCAAAUGUCCCGGCCGGGACCAUCCCAAGAUGGACCUGGCCGUCCUCCUCUCUCCACGGGGUGAGCGCCUUCCCCUGCUAGCCAUGGAUUACUCGCCAUUUGCGCCUCGGCCGAGAAUGGCCCGCGGGUUCAAACAUAUCCGGACCGUCGACUAUCCCUCCAACACCGUCGCCCUACCGCCGACCAUUACGCGCCAGCUCGUCUCGAGUGUACAAAUGACUCGUCGGUUGGGGUGGAACUACGGUGCCUUGGCGUCGGAAAGCCAGGUCGACGUAUGUCGCGCUCCUCUGCGCAAGUCCCUUCCAGAGGCUCUUGUGGCUAUGCGCGACGUGACCAAGAGACAAGUCAUGGUCGUACCAUGGAACGAGGACUCGACUGGUGAGGCGCCGUACUUUUCACCUCGCACAUUCGACUUUGACGAUGUGACGCUCAACAAUGUCCGGCGGGGUGGCGAAUGUGUCAUCAUCUUCCGCAACGAAACCAGCGCUAGCAAUGUAAGCGUGAAUUCCACUCCCACUUCCAACGAAAGUCCCUUGCCGGCAGAUACUGGUGCGAUCCAACCAUUCCUCCUGCCAAUGUACCUCCUCAUCGCGUCCCUCAUUCGGUCGCGAUACACGAUUGUUGGACUGGAAGACCUGCCGCGCCGCUUAAUGAAGAGUUGUCGCGAUCCUGCAAAGGAGCCAUGUCCCGAGAAACGCGUUGCCAGCGCGUACCACUUGGUUGCAGCGGCGGCGUGCGCGUGUUGGAACGUCGUGACACUCAGUCGCGAAGAGCAGCGUACGGUCGAGCAACUCAGCGGCCGCCUCCGGCUCAUGACAAAGGUGCAGUACCGUGCCGAGGUCGGGGCGAAGCAGUAUGCGCUCGAGUCGUUCGACACGCCCGUCGAUGGGUCCGCGGAACUGGAGCUCCCGAUGCCGGGCGAUUGCGAGUGUGGUAAACCCGACUGCGCACAUACCGACGACAAGGCGGGCGUGCAGCUCGAGGGGGACUGGGGGGAGAUUGUGAGACAGGUGUUGAUGGCGUCGGCUGCGGCUAAGCGGUAG